AUGAAUAAUAAUAAUAAUAAUAAUAAUAAUAAUAAUAAUAAUAAUAAUAAUAAUAAUAAUAAUAAUAAUAAUAAAGGACAAAUUAUAAAUUAUAAAAAUUCAUUAUUCAAAGAAUAUGAUCUUAUAAGUCAAAAUUUAAAAAUUGAUAAGGAAAUUAAUCCUCAAAAAAAAACAAUGGCAAAUCAAGAAUACCAAGAAUACCAAGAAUUAAAAGAAAAGAAAAAGGUCCUAGAUAAAAACUUAGAAAAUCUUCAAAAAGAAAAAAUUGAAGUGGAUAUAGGUAUAAAUAUUGAUAACCUAGAACUAGAAAACAAAAAGAAAAUUUUAGAAAUUGAAAAAUUGAAAAAAACAGAAAUGGAAAAUGAAAUAAAAAGAUUAGGGGGAGAGGGAACUAACGAGAAGUAUGCAGAAGAAAUCAUGAAAGUAAAUAUGAAUAAUAAUAAUAAUAAUAAUAAUAAUAAUAAUAAUAAUAAUAAUAAUAAUAUCAAUAACAAUAAUAAUAAUGAUAUAAUAGUUACAAAAUUUUUAGAGUUGGUAAAAUUAAAAGGAUUACAUGUUACUGACUUUUUUGGUAUUGAGUACCAAACUAUUAAAGACUGGUAUAAUCAAAGUGAAAUAAAUAUUGAUAGCCUAAAUGAAGGUGAUGCUGAAAAGAUUAAAGCUUGUUUAAAUGAACUAUUUGAAAAUAAAGAAUAA